AUGCUGCGCUUGCUGGUGUUCGCCUCCCUCGUCCUUUAUGGACACAGCACCCAGGACUUUCCAGAAACCAAUGCCAGGGUAGUUGGAGGGACUGCGGUCUCGAAGAAUGCUUGGCCCUCUCAGAUUUCCCUCCAGUACAAGUCUGGAAGUUCUUGGUAUCACACCUGUGGAGGCACCCUCAUCAAACAGAACUGGGUGAUGACAGCUGCUCACUGUGUGGAUAGCCAAAUGACCUUCCGUGUGGUGCUGGGAGACCACAACCUGAGCCAGAACGAUGGCACCGAGCAGUACAUAAGCGUGCAGAAGAUCGUGGUGCACCCAUCCUGGAACAGCAAUAACGUGGCUGCAGGUUACGACAUCGCCGUGCUGCGCCUGGCCCAGAGUGCUACCCUCAACAGCUAUGUCAAGCUGGGUGUUCUGCCACAGUCGGGAACCAUCCUGGCUAACAACACGCCCUGCUACAUCACAGGCUGGGGCAGGACUAAGACCAAUGGGCAGCUGGCCCAGACCCUGCAGCAGGCUUACCUCCCCUCCGUGGACUACGCCACCUGCUCCAGCUCCUCCUACUGGGGCUCCACCGUGAAGAACACCAUGGUGUGCGCUGGAGGAGACGGAGUUCGUGCUGGAUGCCAGGGUGAUUCUGGGGGCCCCCUUCACUGCUUGGUGAAUGGCCAGUAUGCUGUCCAUGGUGUGACCAGCUUUGUAUCCAGCCUGGGCUGUAAUGUCGCCAAGAAGCCCACAGUCUUCACCCGGGUCUCUGCUUACAUCUCUUGGAUAAAUAAUGCCAUUGCCAGCAACUGA